AUGGCCACAAUGGUCUCUCCGGAUCAGCUUGUCUGGCGGCGGCCGCCGCAUCUACUGGACCCCCUCAUGGUGGAACAUAUGCCACAGCAUCCACCCACGGUGGGCGAUGAAGCACUACAGCACUGGAUCAACCGCGUGCGAUGGCACUCGGACCGCGCCGUGCUGGCGGGUCGAGCGGCUGCAAAGGCAGAAGCUCUGGCGGAAGAGGUCUCGAAGAAGGUGAUUCAAAUGGUCGGUGGCGUCUUGCCGGAUCACCUGAACUUGGCGGCCCAUCGGGCGCAGCUGACCGAGGGGGACGGAGCCAAAGACCUGAGUACGCCUGGCAGUCAGGACAGCUACUCAACGAACACGAGCGAAACGGAUCAGCAGGCUGCCAACAAGGCAGAGGCGAUGACUCAGCCUGUGCAGCAGACGGUGGGCGCGGAGCUGAUUCCUCUGGUUCCUUCCGUCCAGGAGAGACAUCGAUUGAACCGCGGCUCAAAGAAGUCGUCGUUCACAUGCUUUCUGUGCGACGCGGUGAGCAAAAACUGCACUUGGAGGUUGGCAGUGAUGGGCCUCAUUAGUAGUGGAUAUACAUGGAGGUUUCCCAAAAUAGGGGUACCCCAAAAUCAUCCAUUUUAG